CCCAGAGCCCAGUACGGUAGUGCCCACACGGCCCACGCCACACAGACAGCCCAGUAGCCCACCCCACACGGCCACAGUCCGUCAGUCCCACACUCCCAGUCCCAGUCCCAACCCCAAAUCUCAAAUCUCAGACAGUCAGAUUAGGGUUUCGACUUUCAUAAUUUUCAUUGUUUCAGCUGCGCAGCCAGUACCCACAUCCCAGGAGGGCAGGACCCAGAUUGAGACUCCCACUCCCAGUAUCCCACCGUCCCACGAGCCACCACGACGACGAUUCCCACUGCCAGUGCCGUCGCCGACUGCCACCUACCGACCCACGGCCACGAGCCACGAUUCCCUCGCCCAGUCUUCCCCCGCAGCCUCGCCCAGUGGCCCCAGUUGGCCCUCUCCAGCCAGUCGGCCAAUUCACGAUUCAACUUGAGAGCUGCCAAGGAAGCUUAAGAAAUCUGAGCGAAAGCCAAUGGUGACUAGUGUUAAUGAACUCAAGCGGAAAGCUAGAAUGCACAAGAAAGAGAGGCAGGGAGUACGUGAGAUUGGAUUGCAGCCUCCUGAGAAUGGAUUAUUGGUCAAGGGAUUACUGCCGGUUGCUCACAAAGUAUAUUCUUCUAGAGCUGAACUACUUAAUUGUGUUUCAAAGGUUGUCAAGAGCAUUGCUAUUUAUUCUUGCAGCUUGUGUGGAGAAGUUCAUGUUGGUCAUCCGCCACAUGCAAUCAGAACAUGCAAUGUCCCAGGUAGCCCUGCAAGCAAAAAGCACAGUUGGGAAAGAGGUGAUUUGGAACAUAUUAUGCCUGUAGUGGAAUCUUUCCAUCUGUAUGACAGGAUAGGGAGAGCCGUUUCACACAAUGAGCGGCAUCUAGUGGAUCAAAUUCCAGCCAUCGUAGAAUUGUGUGUUCAAGCAGGUCUUGACAUCCUUGAGUACCCAACAAGGAGGAGGACCUUCCCUGUUUACAGCAUUGCUGGCAGGAUUAUAGAUUUUGAGAAGAAGUUUCCCAAAGAUGAUUCAACUGGCAAUGAUAUCAAGACACAUGGGUUUUGGGAGAAGAGAAAGAGCUCAGGUGAAGGCAUGAAGCCUAUGAACUUGCAGUCGGAUGAUAUAGAAGGUUUUGCUGUCCGAGGGAUGGAAGCAUGGGAGAGACUGCGUUCAGAAGUAUCAAAACUUAUGCAGAAGUAUGCUGUCCAAACCUGUGGAUAUUGCUCAGAGGUUCAAGUGGGGCCUAAGGGUCACAGGGUAAGGAAUUGCCAAGCUUACAAGCACCAGAUGAGGGAUGGGCAGCAUGCAUGGCAGGAGGCUACAGUUGAUGAUUUGAUUCCUCCAGUGUAUGUGUGGCAUGCUCAAAAAUUGCAGGGCAAUGUAUUGCUAAUAAACCCUUUGAAGAGGUACUAUGGGAAAUUGCCUGCGGUGGUGGAACUGUUUGCACAGGCUGGUGCACGUGUGGGAGAGAAUUAUGCUGGUGUGAUGAGGGAAGAUGUCGUAGUGCCUGAAAUAGACGAAGAAAAGUGGCUUGUGUGAGGCCUUGUUUUGAUCUGCAGCAUAAGAUGGGCUGUUCAUUGUUUUGAUCUGCAGCAUAAGAUGGGAUGUUCAAAGCAUUUUAACAUGCAAGUAUGAUGAAUUUUGGAAUUUGAAACCGCAUAUUUUUUUCUCAUGAUUUUGUUCAAGAUCGGCGGCAUGCAAGUGGGAAAGAUCAGGAACAUGUGAUAGAAGCAGAGGUGGUGCAACUCCUCCAAGUUGGAAGACUUGGACUGGGAUGCUGCAGGACAUAGGCAACAUCCCACUUUUCCUUGGUUGUUUUUCCCCAGAGAUGAAGGGAUGGCGUUGUUUUAACUUGCAGACAAUUCAAACAAAGCUUUGAAAAGAUGAAUCCAAUUGGCCACAAAAAUCACUGGCUUUAACAGAUGGAAUUUAUGUUUAAGGACAGCAGUUUUGGCUUGCCGUUUAGAGCUUGUCAAAGAGCAUUGGAUCAUCUCCAAAGUCCAAAUCCAUUAUUUUCAAUUUAUUUUGCAGCUGGUCCUGCCCCAAGAUGUGUUUUAUCAUUGUAUUCUUUUGCUCUCCCAUGUUUUUCACGAGUAUUCACUUUCAUUAGCUGGGAAUUCCGCAAGCAAUGUAAAAAUUCUUGUGCAACAAAUCAUUUAUUGCCUGCCUGAUUUCACAUGCUGGAAGUUUGAAAGUUCUAACCCAUUGUUUGGAGAGGUCUUGGGUUUGGAUUUAGAUAAGAUGUAAUUUAAAAUUGUUUUGAAAUAUAUUCAAAUUCAAAUCUAAGUUCUGAAA